AUGUCUUCAUUUUUGUCGCCUAAUAGGAAGGCUGGCGCUGGCGGUAGCCCUUCCAAGCCCCGAUUUGCCCGAACAAAUGCCAUCCGGGCGAUGAGGGAGCGUGAAGAACGUCGUCAACACCAGGCUGCAGGACUCUCACAAUCAGCGGCUUCAUCGGCCAACCGAGGCGGCAGUGUUGCCGUACCGGCCCGUCAACAAUGUCCCAACAAGGCUUGUCCGAAGCCGAAUGUAGUCGACGGCACAUGUCAGACUUGCGGUCGUGUCGCUGAUGACAGCAAUAUUGUCGCCGAGGUCCAGUUCGGCGAAACUUCAUCCGGCGCGGCAGUCGUCCAAGGUUCCUUCAUCGGUGCCGAUCAAGCCGGUGUCCGUAGUAUGGGCCCUGCCUUUCGGCGAGUUGGCGGUACAGAAGAUCGAGAGAAGAGUAUUCGGGAGGCUCGUGGCCUCAUGCAAGGUUACGCCCAACAGCUCAACGUGAGCGAGAGUCUGGUAACUGCAGGCACGCAGGUUUUCAAACUGGCCUCGGGUGCCAACUUCAUUCAGGGCCGAACACUUGCCAGUGUCGCUGCAGUCUGUCUUUACGCUGCAUGCCGUGCAGAGCCGCCUUGUAAAGUCAUGUUGAUUGAUCUUGCGGAUCUGGUUCAACUCAACGUAUUCAAAUUAGGUCGCAUCUUCAAAAAGCUCAACGAGGUUGUUCCUAUUGGUAAUGACGGCCUUAUGCCUGUGUAUCCCGAGGAUCUUAUCUGGCGAUUUGCAACCAAAAUGGAGUUUCACCAAGACACCGCCAAGGUUGCCGAGGACGCCGUCCGACUGGUCAAACGAAUGAGCAGAGAUUGGAUGGUCAUGGGCCGUCGCCCAUCAGGUAUUUGCGGCGCCUGUUUGCUCAUGGCUGCUCGAAUGCACAACUUUCGUCGAACGGUUCGCGAAGUUGUCUACAUCGUCAAGGUCACCAACCAUACCAUCCAGAAUCGCCUCCAAGAGUUCAACAUUACCGAGUCAAGUCAAAUGUCAGUGGAGGACUUCCUGAAGCAAGAUUUUUUGGAAAGUUCACACGAUCCUCCGUCGUUUUACCGACAAUCAGAUGAGUACAGGAAAACGGCGGAGGAGAAAUCGCGAAAGAGAAAACGACAUAGCACUGGAAAUGACCAACAGGGUGACCAGAUUAGCAACGGCGUGGAAACAGCCCUACGCCAAAGAAGAAUGACAGAAGGCGGCGCGGAUUUGUCCAAGGCCCCGGCCAUUAAAUUCCGUCGAGACGCUGACGGAUUCAUCAUCCCACCGCUGCCUUCACAAAUUCCGCAAAAUAUGCCAAACCUACGCACCAAUGACGACCACGAGGACCAGGGCGAUGGAGAGACAACCGAAAACUUGGAAAAGCUGGCGCACGAGUUUGGCGACGCCAUUGACGACGAAUUAGACCAGGAUGGAGGGCGGCAGGCUUCCGACAAAGGCAAGGGUCACGCGAAGCAGCAACUCCCCAUAAAUGACGAGUGGGAGGAGGAUGAGCGGGAGCUUGAAGGCCAAAUUGAGGAAAUGUUCAACGACCCUCUUACCUACGAGCACGCACUUGCGUAUUCCAAUGCGGAACAACGCGCCAUUAUUCACUCCCACUGGGCUCUUCAACAGCGGCCAUCGAAAAUUGUAUCCAUGGCAGCGGACGUCACCGAGGAUGAGUUCGCUGACGACCCGGAAGUGAUCAAUUGUCUCUUAUCGCCCGACGAAGCCCGCAUCAAAGAACUCAUCUGGGUCAACCAAAACAAGGAUUGGCUGCGGCAGCAUCAAGAAAAGGUGUUUCGGAAAAAAGUCGAGGCAGACAGACCUAAGCAGACUCGUCGCCGUCGGAAGCGCGCCAGAAUGGGCGAAGGUCAGACCAGCCCAGCGAGCUCUGCUGCCGAGGCCGCCAUCAACGUGGCCAAGGACAGGGCGUGGUCCAAACGUAUUAAUUACGAAGCCAUUCGCAGCAUCUUUGACAUUCCGAAUGCAGGUGGUCUCGGGUCAGCUGCAACCAGCCGCAAAACGAGUAUUGCCGGCAGCACUCUGGGAGCCGACGACGCAAACGAAGAACCAGAGGAAAGUGUUGCCGGUGAUGAAGAGGAGGAUCACCAGGAUUAUGACGAGCAGGAAGAGUAUGGUGAAGGUGAAGGUGAAGAAUUCGGUGGCGCUGCGGGUGGUGAGUAUGACGGCGGAUACGAGGAUGAUGAUCCCGACAUGGAUGCAGCGUAUGGGCUAGAGGAUGAAGAGUAA